ACUUUUGCAUACUUUCUGCCCGUUCGUGAUAAUUUCUCGCGAUCACGAUUUUUAUACCGGUUCGUCGUCGGUGCAGAUUUAAUUAAUUUCGCAUUUUCUCGAAAUGGCUCAGAAUAAAUUCAGCGAAAUGGCCUCGCGCUUCGGCAAAGGCCCGAACGGGGUUCCGAUGGGCCUGAAGGUCCUCGCUGCGGCUGGUGUCGCGGCUUACAGCGUUUCUAAGUCCAUGUACACAGUCGAAGCCGGUCACAGAGCGAUCAUAUUUUCUCGACUGGGAGGCAUUCAGAAGGACAUCAUGACUGAGGGUCUGCACUUUCGUGUUCCAUGGUUCCACUAUCCGAUCAUUUACGACAUCAGGAGCAGACCUAGGAAGAUCUCGUCACCCACAGGAUCCAAAGAUUUGCAGAUGGUCAACAUUUCUCUUCGUGUUCUAUCCCGUCCUGAUGCCUCCACGUUGCCAGCCAUGUAUCGACAGCUUGGCCUUGAUUAUGAUGAAAAGGUAUUGCCAAGUAUUUGCAAUGAGGUGCUGAAGUCUGUUGUUGCUAAAUUCAACGCUUCACAACUGAUAACACAAAGACAGCAAGUAUCUAAUAUGGUGCGCAAGGAAUUAACAGAACGAGCUCGAGAUUUUAAUAUUGUUCUGGAUGAUGUCUCAAUAACUGAGCUUAGUUUUGGUAAAGAAUACACUGCUGCAGUUGAGGCCAAACAGGUAGCUCAGCAAGAGGCCCAACGAGCUGCUUUUGUAGUAGAAAGAGCUAAGCAGGAACGACAACAAAAAAUUGUACAAGCUGAGGGAGAAGCAGAAGCAGCCAAAAUGCUUGGUCUAGCUGUCAGCCAGAAUCCUGGAUAUUUAAAAUUGCGCAAAAUACGAGCUGCACAGAAUAUUUCGCGUACAAUUGCUAAUUCCCAAAAUAGAGUGUUCCUCAGUGGCAAUAGCUUGAUGCUGAAUAUUCAAGAUCCCAAUUUCGAUGAGGGUUCGGAUAAGCUGAAAAGUCACGAAGGAGUGAACUGGAAGAGUUGGGAUGAGGCGGCCGAUUGUGCCAUACGGAGUCUAAAUACUAGUUCUCAUCGAGCAUUGCUAGAUACUGGAAAACUCAGCAUUGAGGCCCAACCACAUAAGGCACAAGUCCCUUCGUCUCUCCUACUGGAAUCAGCAGAUGAUGGUGUUAAACUUAUAACACCAUGAUGAUUUUGCGAUGCGAGCACGUUUUUUUGUUUAACACAAGCUUUCCUUGUCCAUCCUUUUGUUGAAAGAUAUUCUAUUGUCUACAUUUGAAUAAUUGAUAUGAUAAAAGGAUAAAUUUUCCUAAUGCAAUGUUA